GUAGCAGCAACAGCAGAAGCGAGCAAAACACAAAAGCAACAAACGGCGUUCAGCGAAAAACACGAACAUACCGAAACCGAAGAAACCGCUGUGAAAAGAAAAUACAAAAAAAAAAAAAAAAAGACCAGACCAAACAAAACAUAAGCAAGAAAAAUUUACAGGCACUCGGGCACAGACGAUUUUUGUACAUUGUUGUUUUAAUUCAAUUAAAACACAAAUUUGUGCUCCUAUUUGCGCAUUUUAAUUUUUAUUUAACUGCAGGCAGCAUUUUGAUUAACUCUAGUGCAAAGCACUUGUGCUCUAUUUUUUUUUUUUAUUUUUAUUGUUGUUGCCCCUUGCAAAGGAAAUUCUAAUUGGAACAAUAGGCCUGAGGCAAAACAACGAUAAGCGGGCGUAUACAAAACAAACGAGAAACGUAUUAGAAAGAAAAUUAUAUUAAUAAACAACAAUAAAAAAAAAAACGAAAGAAAAAGGGGAAGAGAAAAACGCGCGCGCACUGCAAGUGUGAAUUAGUGAAAGUUACGCGCGCGUGUGCAACGACACACCGGCCACGCCCAUACCGCCAAAAACGCCCACACAAUGAACCGAUCAAACAGUUUUGUGAGCUCACUGAAAUGGUGGCCACUGCAGGGCCACAACAAUCAGGCAACGCCAGCAGCGCCAUCGAAUGGCGGCAGCGCCGGCUACUCACAAUCGGCGCCCAGCUCUCCCACAUCCAAUUGGCCGCCGUCGCUGCAGCAGCAGCACAAGCUGAGCGUCGGCGCCAAUGUGAACGCAACAUUUGGCAGCAGCGUCGCCGUACAAAAGCUGCGUGAAUCCAAAUGGUUCAAGCCCGAAGAGCAGAGAAUUUUCUGCGCCGUCGUCGAGUGCGGCUUCAUUGUGGAGGUGCGCAGCAGUGCCGCUGCCGAAGCCGCUGCCGUUGCUGCCGCGGCUGCCGCCGCAGCGGCCACUGCCAAUGAUGCCGAUUCCCUGGACAUCGAUUGCCCGCCCCUGACAUUGGCGCCGCCACUGAUUAUACCACGUAACGGCAGCAGCAGCAUUAGCUUUCUCGAAGCGCAGGAUGAGAACGAGACGCCGGUAGCGUCAUGGUACGGCAUCGUACUCUGCAAGGUGGCCAAAGACAAUAAACCAAAACCGGAAACCAUUGAGAUAUAUUCUGUGAAAAUACGCGAAAAUGGCACAUACAAGCUGAUCAAAAUGUCAUUGGCCGACAUCUGGAGCCACGGCUGGGAGUUGCGCAUUAACAAUUUCGCUGACAAGGAGAAGACACCGCACAACGAAAAGGACAUACGCAAUCAGGUGUCGCUGGCGCGCAAGGCCAAGCAGAGUCUAUGGAACAAUAACAAGCAUUUCGUGUAUUGGUGCCGUUAUGGCAGUCGCCAGCAGGAUGUGCGCAAGCGACAGAUGUCCGAGUGCGUGAAAUGGGGCAGCGUUGGCAUGAAUGCGGGCAUGUUGCUGGUGCUCAAUAAUAGGCAAAAAUGCCACUCCCACUCAAAGUAACUAACACAAUUACACAACUCUUUUCUAGUGCAUAUGUAUAUGUACACGCUAUCACACACACACACACACACACACACACACACACAUGCAUACCACAUUGCUUUAGCUAGAGGAACGUAAAGACAAAAAACAAACAAAAUCCAAAGCAAAUUGUGAUAAGAUAGAUCAUGUUUUAAACAGCGACAAGCGACAACACACAGCAGAAAUAUUUAUUUACAUAUGUACAUAUGUAACGCGAGAGAGAGAGAGAGAGAGAGAGAGA